AUGAAUAUUGAAUGUCCAAGCUGCAAAGCCCUACACUUCAAAGGAGAGAAAUUGACCCAUUCCUCUCUAAUUCAUCCUAAAUUUGGCAUAUGCUGUCUGCAGGGUCAGGUACAGCUUGACCCACCUUCCAUACCUCCAUUGCCCUUGCAGAGGUUGUUCAAUGGUGUAGAUAAUCGCUCAGCUCACUUCCUGAAAAACAUAAGACGUUAUAAUGCUGCAUUUGCAUUUACCUCAGUGGCAGUUAAUAUUGAUCAAGCUGUUCUGAUGGGAUCUGGGCCAUACUCUUUCAGAAUACAUGGGGAUCUAUACCAUCUCAUGGGUAGUCUCAUGCCUCAGGAUGGUGUUUCUCCCAGAUAUGCACAGCUGUAUAUCCAUGACCCUGCUGAAGCAUUGAGUUCAAGGCUUGCAAACAAUCCUGAGAAUAAUAAUAGGGAUCAGGCUGUCAUGGCCUCUGUCAUGUCAGAUAUUCAGGAUGCUCUCAUGCAAGUCAACCCCCUCAUUCCUCUUUAUAAGCAAGCAUAUCAGAUCAUAAGAGAGAAGCCAGCCAAUGAGCAAGUGCAUGUUGAGGCCCACAUUAUCUUAGAGGCUUCUGCAGAUAAAAGGAGAUAG